CCAGAAUAUGCAAAUUCUAUUUUCAUUUUCAAUUUUCACAAAUUUUCCAAACAGUUAGUCAGGUGUCAGAGUCAGACGGAAACGGCGCAUUGUAAUGAAAAGUACGCGUUAAAUGCUGUCGAAGCAUGGCCGAAUCAUUUUACGAUUUUGAAAGGGAAAAGCUCAAGUCGAACAUUUAUUUCGAUGCCUUGAAUGGUAUGUCCAUAUCCCUCUUUACUAAUCUCAGGAAGUUGUCUCAAAUCGAAGCCAAUUCUCUUUUAGACGAGAAUGUGUCUGACGAUGAAGGUCAAAACUGGACUCCUUUGGCUGCUGCAGCUAGAUACGGACAUGAAAACGUGAUAAGGAUCUUAUUAAGUAAAUUUCAACCGAAUAUCGAACAAGAAUGCACUGUUAAAUUUGAUGGAUAUGUUAUUGAAGGAGCUACAGCACUUUGGUGUGCAGCUUGUGCAGGUCACCUAAACAUUGUGAAGAUCCUGGUAAAAGUUGGAGCUGACGUGAACCAUGCGACAAAAACCAAUUCCACUCCCCUAAGAGCUGCUUGUUUUGAGGGACGGUUGGACAUAGUCAAAUAUUUGGCAGGGCACAAGGCCGACAUACAUAUAGCUAACAAAUACAACAAUACCUGCCUGAUGAUUGCUGCUUAUAAAGGACAAGUUGAUGUGGUCAGUUUCCUUUUGGAAAGCGGUGCGAACCCAAACGAACGUGCUCUCUGCGGAGCCACAGCUUUGCAUUUUUCAGCCGAAUGCGGUCAUGUAGAGAUAGUCAAAGAACUAUUAGAUUAUAAUGCCGAAUUUUACUCGAACGACACUGGCAUGACGCCUAUUAAAGCGGCCGCCGAAAGAACUAGAAGCCAAGUUGUAGAAUAUUUAAUAGACAGGCCAGAAAUUAGUAAAGAAGACUCUGUGGAGGCUCUGGAAUUGCUCGGAGCUUCUUUUGCCAACGAUAAAGAGAAUUAUUGUCUGAUUAACGCUUAUAAGUACUUGCAUCAGUCAAUGGCUCUCAGAUUUAAUGAUCCAAACAAUGUUAUAAGUAAACCUAUCUACCCUCCUAUACCUGCUUAUGGAAACUGGAUUGAAACUCAAAAUAUGGCAGAGUUAGAAGCUCUCAAAGAAAAUUCUAAUGGUCUUCAUAUGGAAUCUCUGACAAUAAGGGAGAGGAUUCUAGGGGUGCACAAUCCCGAGUUGCCUCAUCCGAUUAUUUACAGGGGGGCUGUUUUUGCUGACAAUGCCCGAUUUGAUCGAUGUUUGGAAUUAUGGUUGCACGGUUUGAAACUGCGGCAGUUGAACCACAUUUCCGUAGUGAAGGAUUUGUUGAGGUUUGCCCAAGUGUUUUCGCAAAUGAUUCACGUCGGCGUGCAGCUUACCUACCAACAAGUUAUUGAAGUUUUAUCGGCCGCCAUUAUCGAAUUGGAGAGGAAUAAAGACAAAUUAACGGCGCCAGGACCGAAGGACCCACCUGAAACUGUUAUGGACGAAAUCGAAAGCAACUUAACUACAGCAUUGUACAUUCUAACGAUUUUAACAAAACUGAUGAAAACUUGUAACGAAGAAGAACGUUUCAACGUCCAAAGAAUGGUUUUUGCAUUAAACCAAUUACAACUCACCCUUAGGAACGGCCAAACUUUAUUGCACUUGGCUUGUAACGCUGAAACACCUGUAGACGAUUUCCAUACAAGUGACAUAUGCAAAUUUCCUUGUGCCGAAACUACAAGACUCCUAAUUCAAUGCGGUGCCAAUGUAAAUGCGAUGGACAAAAAACGAAACACUCCCUUACACGUCAUAGUCAGUUACCACAAAGCCAUAUCGGAUUUUUUAACUUUACACUCUAUAAUUACGGAUUUGACGGAGCACGGUGCUCACACUGAUAUAGUCAAUAAUGACGGUGAAAGUCCUUUGGAAGCCUCCACAACGGGCGUAGCCGAAAUUAUACUCAAAACUCAAAUUAAAAUAAGCUUAAAGUGUAUUGCUGCUAAUGCAGUCAAAAUUCAUAAAAUACCUUAUCUUGGCCAGGUGCCUUCUGGUUUGGAAGAGUUUAUAGAGCUUCAUGGUAAAGGUAUAGAACGAUGGGAAAAGAAUAGAAGUAGAUUGAAAAGUUUAUAGUCUGGUCUAUUUUACUAAAAUAAAUGGUUUUAUUAUCAUAUGAACCCUGAUCUGUUGCCAAAGGAUUGAAAUUUUUCACAAAAUAUUUUUAUAAUAAUUGUAAUUUGGCUCUAACGCUUUAAUUCGCUUUAUUACAUUAUUUAAUUGGGAAUAUAUGACUUAUUAUUUGCAAUAGGAGAAGCUUAAAAAUUUAUAUAGGUACUAAGACUGUGUUUUUUUAAGUUGUUAAAAUUUUAUUGUAAAAAUGUACAUAAAUAAUAUAUUAUAUUCGGUGAUAACUUCUAUGUGUUUUGUUGAGAAACAAAUGUUUUUGAGAAAAUGAGGUCCCCAAAGUUACAUAAUGUUCAAGAGUGUAACUCUAGAAGUCCUAUUUAAAUAAAAAUGGUAGUGAGAAGCAUUUUGGUACCUUUUACCAUGCUCUCCUUGAACUUUUAAUGUUCAAGCUUUGCAUCUGGGGCAACUGCUUAGGUUCUAUUGGCUUCAAUUUGAGCCAGAUUAUACUAAGAUUGGAUUCAAGUAGACAAAGCAUUAAUGCCAAAGGUGUGACAGCGCUCGUUUAUUUAUAAUAUACAUAAUGUGAUUUUUAUUCUCCAAAAAGUAGACUGUAAGCUCCUAGAGCCAGAGCCAUAUCGGCCUGUUCCCAAAACCUGUGAUAAUCAACCACAGGAGCUGGACCGCCAUUCAAAAAAUUUUCAAUUUGCGACCAAUUUUCAUCCUUCUUGUACCACGAUCUGAUAUCCAAAAACGUGGAAGAAGCAUUAAUUUUAUCUCCGUUAGGAUAAGUACCCGACCAGUCUUGCACAGGGAUAAACACCUAAACUUAUCAAUUUAAAGAUUAUAAUAAGAAAAUAAGCAAAAAAUUCUUACAGGUUGCUCCAUGUUAAUAAAAGGAGACAAAUCGGUGCGCACAUAAAGACCUUUAUCGUCUUUGUGAUUGGCCCAAACAACAUCCAAUAGCUGUUUGGCUGUUUGUUUUGCACGACUGUCACCAGAUUUAGCUGCAUAGUAACUGAGAGCUCUAGAAAGCGAGCUAGCAAUACCAUAAAACUAAAAUAAAUUAAAAUAAUAUUGAACCACAUUAUAAGUAAAUAAUUACAGUUGCUCCUGAAAAAGUUACAGUAGGUUUAGUGUUUCUAGGCAAACUUCCAUUCCAAGAAAUCAUCACCGGAACACUAUAACUAGUAUCAGUGAUAGUCACAUGUCGGUAUAUCCAAUCGAACCAUUUUCGCAAAACAACUCGAGAGGUAGCAUCCCCUGUUAUAUAAUAAUACUGAGCCAGUCUGUCCAUGGACCACGUCCACAUGCCGAACCAAUCGCUGGUACCGUCGUCCAUUAAAGGUUCGUUUUCGUAAAACAUUCCGUAGAAGGUGUUUGCUCGAACGUCACUUGGUGGUUCUCCGUAAACGUUUUUCCAAGAAUUUGUGACACCUCCUGAUAGCGCACCUUCAGGUGUUUGGAGGUAUUGGUAGAGCUGUACUUGACGGAUUAAGGAGUUUUGCCAGUCUAUGCGACCUGUGGGACUUUUAGGCCUAAAACAGAGUCAUAUUUGGGCUUUAAUUAUAAUUGUCAAUAAUGUAUGUGGUUUUAGAUGAAAUAGGUUUUGA